UAGAAGAGCUCUCGCUUUCAAAACACAGAAUACCUGCUUGGAUCAAACUUUGCUUAGAAAAUGGCAGAGGCCAGUGUUUCAGAAGACCAGUUCAACUGUCCAGUCUGUCUGGAUCUCCUGAAGGAUCCAGUGACUAUUCCCUGUGGACAUAGUUUCUGUAUGGUGUGUAUUAAUGACUUUUGGGAUGAUCAGAGGGGAGUCUACAGCUGCCCUCAGUGCAGAGAGACUUUCACUCCAAGGCCUGUGCUAUGCAGAAACUACAUGCUGGCUGAAGUGGUGGAGAAACUGAAGAAGACAGGACUCCAAGCUGCUUCUCCUGUUCACUAUUAUGCUGGACCUGGAGAUGUGCAAUGUGAUUCCUGCACUGAGAGAAAACACAAAGCCAUCAAGUCCUGUUUGGUGUGUCUGGCCUCCUUCUGUGAAACUCAUAUCAGGCCUCACUAUCAGUCUCCUGCCUUUAAGAAACACAUGCUGGUUAAAGCCUCCUCAAGACUACAAGAGAAGAUCUGCUCUCAACAUGAUAAACUAACUGAGAUCUUCUGUCGUACUGAUCAAAGCCUUAUCUGUUAUUUAUGUAUGAUGGAUGAACACAAAGGUCAUGAUACAGUGUCAGCUGCGGCAGAAAGAACUGAAGAACAGACUGAGCUACAGGAGGAGCAGAGGAAACACCAGCAGAGGAUCCAGGAGAAAGAGAAGAAGGUCCAGGAGCUGAAGCAGGCUGUAGACACUCUUAAGUGCUCUGCACAGGCAGCAGUGGAGGACAAUGAGAGGAUCUUUACUGAGCUGAUCCGUUCCAUUGAGAAAAAGCGCUGUGAGGUAAGAGAGCUGAUCAGAGAUCAGGAGAAGACUGAACUGAGUCGAGUUCAAGGACUACUGGGUCAACUGGAGCAGGAGAUUGCUGAUCUUAAGAGGAGAGACACUGAGCUGGAGCAGCUCUCCCACACAGAGGAUCACAUCCAUUUCCUCCAGAGUUUCCCAUCUCUCUGUGUCUCUUCUGGAUCUGUGGAAUCAUACAGCAUUUCUAUCCAUCAACAUCCCUCAUUUGAUGGAGUUAAGAAAUCUCUCUCUGAUCUGAAGGAGCAAAUAGAGACAUUCUGCAAAGAGAAAUUCAACAAAAUCUCUCCACAUGCUGCAGCAGUUCAGAUUUUACCAUCAGAGCCAAAGACCAGAGAAGAUUUCCUGAAAUAUUUCUGGAUCCCAACACAGCACAUCGUCACCUCAUUCUGACUGAGAAGAACAGAGUGGUGACAAAUAGUGGGA